UAUCCACACACACCCUGCACCCAGUGCUGUAGUUCCUGCUGUGGAAAAGUACAACAGCUCUUGUAACUUGUGUGCUUCUGAAAUAAUGCACUUUUAGAAAGUUUGUUAGUUUAGCUGAGGACGUCAAGUCAGACAGAAAAGAAAAGUAAGGGAGUCAGAUAAACAGAAUAAUAAGCAGCAGUAGGACAGCUUCGUUGUCUGCUUCUUCUACUGAAUUGUCAAGCUUAUAAGUUCACAAUGUCAGCUAAUACACAGAAGUCCAGGAGCUGUCCCAUCCCGACCCGUGUGAUCCAGCUGAAGGACUGGUCUCAGCUCCCAGACUGUUACAGCCAGACCCCUGGAGGAACCCUGUUCUCCACCACGCCAGGAGGCACUCGUAUCAUUUACGACAGAAAGUUCCUGCUUGAGUGUAGGAACUCGCCGAUCGCUCGGACCCCGCCCUGCUGCCUGCCCCAGAUUCCCGGGGUGACGGUUCCUUCCAGUCAUCCUCUGGGCAAACUCGAGGAACUGAAAGAAGAGCUGGAGGAGGAAAAAGAUGCAGCAGCUGAGGACAGCCAGUUCGAGAUGGACAUUUGAGCCUGUGAUGUGCCUCCCGUGGAGAAUGCAUUUCUGCUGGUACGCUGCUACGUUGACUCAUCGACCAGCUUUCACUGGAUUCACCCCGUUCCGUUUGAAGUGGGCUUUUUUUUUUUUUUUUUAAUUACAGCAUUAUUUCAGGUAUUUUGUCAUCCGUAUACAAAGAAAAGAGACUGUGGAUGUCUGUGCAUCCUUUAAAUGAUUCUUAUUGUACAUAUGGUACUUUGUAUUUUUUUUUAAGGGAAAUGAUUAAAUUCAAUUAGAAGGGGGGUAAUAUGGUAAAUGCAUAAACGUACAGUAUACAUUUCAAAGCUGUCCCUUUAUAAUAUUUAAACAAAUGUAAUACGAUACUUUAAAAAAAAAUCUAUAAGCAACAGAAUUAAUAUUUUAAACAUUUUUCACCCUGAUGUUUUCCUUUCCUUUGACGUUUUCUUCAGGUUGUCAUUUGAGUUUUUAUUACUUUUAUUAAACUAUGACAAACGUA